AAGAAUUUGACUAUUCCACCAGCCCAACUGUUUUCCUCUUCACUGUCAACGCAGACUUCCACAAUGGCUGGUGUGGCAUCUACGUUGGCCAAGAAGAGGGCAUUGGCCGCUGGGUUUGGCACUAAUGCCAACGCGUCAAAGUACCUAAACCAAGACUUCCAAUCUCUCAGGAGCGAGUGUCUGAGAAAAGGUUCGAUAUUUACCGAUUGCACUUUUCCGGCUGCACCCGAGUCGCUCGGAUUCAAAGAGCUUGGCCCGAAUACUUCCAAAACCAGAGGUGUGCAAUGGAAGCGACCCGGGGAACUGGUGUCCAACCCAGAAUUCAUCGUUGGUGGAGCCACGAGAACCGACAUCUGCCAAGGAGGUCUGGGUGACUGCUGGCUCCUGGCAGCCAUCGCCUCUCUGACCCUGAAUGAAGAUGUGAUGGCCCGGGUCGUUCCUGAAGGACAAGGAUUUGGACGUGGAGAGUACGCUGGGAUCUUUCACUUCCAGGUAGAGAUAAGCUCAAAUUCUAGAGUUAUACAGGCUGGAUCACAAAAUGCCAGCCUAUACAUUACUUUUUAUUAGGCUCUGGCACAAAGUACACUAUAAAUCAGUCCUAUUCAAACUUUUUCAGCAAAGGGGGUCAAAUUUCUUUCCACCAGAAUUACUGGUAUUUUCCCCAUGACCUUCUCUCGACCCCUGACCCCAAAUGUAAUUAACAUUUACGUCACGUUUAGCAGACGCUCGUAUCCA